AUAUUAGGACUACAAAGACUGUCUCUCUCUCAAUAAAGACUCUUUCCAGUGUUUUUCACUGCAAAAACCAUAAACCCGUCUUCUCCAUUUUCUCUAUCUCUUUCUUAGGAGAUGGAGCUUGGUUUAAGCUUAGGAGAUGCUUCAAAGCCAUUGGGGUUCAUAGAGAAAGCAAGAGAUGUCUCUAGCAAAAGACGCUUAGGGUUUUGCAUGGGCUUGUCUAUCGACCCAAAUCCUAGAAAUGAACAGCAAGAUGCUGAUCAUCAUCAUGAUGAACAAGAAGCAGAAGAAGAUGGUGAUAAAGGGAAACAUAGUAGCAACAAUUACAGUACAGAUACAGCAGCAACAACGUCAACAAUAAAAAUCAAGAGAGCAGCACCUGAUCAUGAUCUCAUAGAUACUGAUCAUCAACAUCAUAGAAGGCCUUCCACAGAUCCACCUAUAAUUCAGCUUGAUCUUCUACCAAACACUCCUGUUGUCGUCCCUCGUCAUCAUCACCAUGCUCUUCUUUGGCCUUCUUCUGAUAACGGAAGUUAUGAUGCAAAAGGGUUAGAUGUGAAUCGGCUACCGGCGGUGGAGGAGGCUGAGGAUGGGGCGGCUUUGUCAUCUUCGACACCAAACAGUGCAGCCUCAUCAUUUCAAAUGGAUUUUUGCAUAUACGGUAAAGGUGGAAAUCAUCAUGAGGGUGAAAGAGCUUCUUCAAGAGCUAGUGACGAGGAUGAGAAUGGUAGUGCUAGAAAGAAACUCAGGCUCUCCAAGGAACAGUCUGCUUUUCUUGAAGAAAGCUUUAAAGAACAUAACACUCUCAAUCCUAAACAAAAGCUGGCUCUUGCAAAACAGCUUAGUCUCCGUCCACGCCAAGUUGAAGUCUGGUUUCAGAACAGAAGAGCAAGGACCAAAUUGAAGCAAACCGAGGUGGAUUGUGAGUACUUAAAGAGGUGUUGUGAGACAUUAACAGAAGAGAAUAGAAGACUGCAUAAGGAGCUUCAAGAAUUAAGAGCUUUAACGUCUUCAAAUCCAUUCUACAUGCAAGUUCCUGCCACCACUCUAACUAUGUGUCCCUCUUGUGAGAGAGUUGCCACCACCUCCACAGCCACUGCCACAACAACCACCACCACCACUACUACCAAGAACAAUAUUAGCACCGAACCGGCCUCAUCCAAAGGCACAGGACUGUCCCUCAGUACUAAAACAAGAUUAUAUCCAUUUGUUCACACACAAACCCAUUCUCAUCAGCCUACAGCUUCUUAAAGUCAAGAGUUAUAAAUUAAGAGAAGAGAAACUAGAGGUUCCAGUGUUCAUAACUUAUGUACAUAUAUAAGGGUUUUUUUCCUAGAGAGAGAAGAAAUCUUAUAGGUUAUUUGAUUCAGUUCAUUAAUGGGUUGGUUAAUUAAUUACAUGGUUUCAUCUGUUUGGAGGGGAAUUCUUGUAAAAGAAAAGAAAAAGUUGGAAUUUUCUUGGUUUUGCCAUAUCAUAUACUAGUAGUAGUAGGAUCAGAGAAAACAUACUGUUUCAAGAAAAAGAUCAUGUUGAAAGAAUGUUAUUUUCUUGUUAAAUAGAAAUUUUCCUUCACUUUCUUGGAAAGUAAAAUGGAAAAGUAAACAAUUUGUUUAA